AUGCCUCCUUUCAAAGAUGAGCAUGUGCUCAUCAUUGCGCCCGGCUCACAAAUCACCGCGGCGCAACUAGGGCUGCCCGAGUCCUUCACGCCCCCCAGAUAUCGCUUCCCCACGCGCAUGUUCCCGGGCACGAACCCUGGAGAAUGGGAACCCGUUAAGAUCAGGACGAAGGUCACAACGAAGCCAAAAGUGGUCGACCCUGAGCCCGUGCCCGCCCCCGCGUCUGUCAAGCCAGAACUCAUUGAACUCGAUGGCAAACCAGAUGCUCUUCUCGCCAAUGGCGAGGAGCAGAAGACUGAACAAGCCACUGGCGAGCAAAUAAAUGGUGAACAGGCAAAGUCUGAGCAAACAAAUGGCGAAGCACCCAAAACGGAGCAGCCGAAUGGAGAAGCACAACCAACGCUUGAAGAAUCCGCCGACGAGCAACCCAAAGUCGAAGAGCCGAAAGAGCAGCCUGCUCCGUCGGCAGAUGUUGAGAUGAACGAGGCACCUCCGGCCGAAGAAACAUCAAAGCCUGAAACCCAGGAUACUGAAAUGGUUCCUCCGCCGGAGCAGGAAAAACAACCAUCCCCCCAACCAGAAGGAGAAGCGGUACCCGACGUGGAAGAUGAAACCAUAGAAACCUUUGAGGAUGAUCACUGGUCCACGGAAGGCGCUGUUUACCCGAUCAGAGAAGGGCGCAUAGAGAACUGGUCUGCCUUUUUUGCCCUACUUUCGCACAUCUAUAACAUGAUCUCUCCGCCCUUCCAUAUGCCGGUCCUCUUCGUUGCACAGCCAUGUUGGAGCGCCAAGGAUCACGAGAUGAUUACCCAAUAUGUCUUUGAAAAUUGGAAGAUCCCAGCUUUCUGUCUAAUGGAUUCGGCGUUAACGGCUUGCUAUGCGUAUGGUGUGCCAACUGCGUUGGUGUUGGAUGUCGGGCAUGAGAAAUGUGAUGUCACUGCGGUUACGGAGUUUCAGGUCAAUGAUAUUGGAAGGGGCAUCGCUCUUUCCGGUUGUGGUGGACGCGCGAUGACACAGCGGCUGCAGCAGGUGUUGGAGAGCCAGGGGUUCGACGAAGAUAUGGCAGAGCAAUUGAAAAAGAGCCCCAUUUGCGAGAUUCUGCCUGUUGGGACGCCGUAUCCCAAGUCGACUUCCAGCAGUACAGCUGUACCUGCCGCUAAUCCAGCUGCCGCAGCAUCUACAGGAGCCUUGGAUUCUGGGCUGAAUGCGAAGGAUGGCGAGGGACUGAGACCAGGUCAGGCGCCUCGAGGCCCAGGGCUAGGAACGGUGGUGGGUGAAGAAGGUCCUAACGGCGAGGAGGAGGACAAUGAAGGUGUGCUUGACGUCGCGGCCAUCGUUGCGCGCGACAAUGCCGCCGAGGUGCUCGCAAAACGCGAACGGGAAAAGGCCGAAAAGGCUGCUGCAAAGAAAGCUGGCGCGGCCGAAGCUGCCAGACAAAUCCGAUUACGCAAUUCGGAACGAGAACGAGCUACUUUUACAUAUGUGGACUUCAUCCCAGUGGAGGAGUCGACGAAUGGCGAUCAACCCAUGAGUCGAAAACGAAAGCGAGAGAUUGAAGUUGGAGUGGAACGGUUCAUGGCAGCGACUCCCGCACCAGGAGCAUGUGAGGGAAUCGUUGACAUAAUCGCUGAGGCGAUCCAUCAUACGGUCUUGAGCGUUCCCGACAUUCCCCAGCGGGCAACUCUCUGGGACAAUCUGAUUAUACUGGGCAACGGCAGUCGAAUCAGAGGCUUCACAUCAAACCUUCUCUCCGUGCUCAACACACGAUAUAUCCUGUCUCCGUCAACCGCCACGAUAUUCACCUCCGAGCUCCCCUCCAAUUUCACGACUCCAGUCGCCACCCCAGGCACAAACACACCCAUUCCUGGCCAGGGAAACCACCCUUUUCACCACCCAGGAGGCCACGGCGUCAACCCCUUGCUUGUUGCUGCGACCAAGAACAUGAUGCAGCCCAACACGCAAUCGCACCACCUUCAAGUCCCCAGCAUGAACCCUUCUCUGGGAGGGACGCCAUCGGCCUUGGGCAGCGGAUCCGACCCCAACAAUCCUAUGUCGACACUCUCCCACCAACACCGAGGGUUCUCGCAGUCCCCGAUCUCCAUCAAACUCGUCAAACCGCCCGAAUAUUUCCCCGAGUGGAAACACCCCAACGUGUCCGGCAUGGAAGAAGCCGGGUUCUUGGGAGCUCAAGUGGCAGCCAAAGUAGUCUUUAUUGUGGAUCAGGGUAACAGCAAGGGCUUUUUGAGCCGGAGCGAGUACAACGAGCUGGGUCCCGGUGGGAUACACGAGUGCGCCAUGUAG